CUACUCGAACUGCUCGUUGCUUUUCCUGCAUCCUCAUCCACUGCAUCCGCCACCACCAUGGCUCCCUCAAAGACCCCAAAGUUCAAAGUGGCAGCGGCCCACGCCGCGCCUGUCUUCAUGGACAAGGCUGCCAGCACUAAGAAAGUCAUCCGUCUGAUCGAGCAGGCCGCUGUCGACGAUAUCAAGCUCCUAGUUUUCCCCGAGACGUUCAUUCCCGGAUAUCCGUACUGGAUAGAGUGCUACCCGCCCUUGAAGCAAGUCGGGGCCCUUGUCAAGUACGCUGAGGAGAGCGUCGUCGUCGAGCCGAACGGGGAGGACGUGAGCGGUAUCCAGGACGCCUGCCGCCGCACUGGUGUGGCAAUUAGUCUGGGCGUGUCGGAGCGAAUUGCGGGAGGCCACACGCUGUUCAAUUCGCAGGUCAUCAUCGAAUCCAAUGGCAGCAUCCUGGGCGUCCACCGCAAGCUGCAGCCCACCUAUUGCGAGCGUUAUGUCUGGGCUCAAGGAGAUGGCAGCACACUGAAGAAUUGGCCACUCUCGCUGGGCUACAACCUCGGCGGCCUGGCGUGCUGGGAGCACACAAUGAAUGGCGCUCGACAAGCUCUCAUUCAACAGAACCAGCACAUCCAUGCCGGUGCGUGGCCUGCGCUGUCGACCAUGGCAGGAUUCGAGGCUGUGGCCGACGCACAGAUUGAAGCUCUGAUGAAAACGCAUGCACUCACCGCUCAGGUCUUCUGUAUUACUGCGUCAAAUUACGUUGACGACACCUGCCUGGAUUGGAUGAAGGAGAACCUGGGCGAGCAGGAUCUUGUCAAAGCUGGUGGAGGAUGGUCGGCCGUGCUCCAUCCUUUCUGUGCCUUCAUUGCGGGCCCGCAUACGGGAGCGGAGGAGAAGCUGAUCCAGGGGGAGAUUGAUCUCUCGCAAUUGGGUGGAGUUAAGGUCUGGGUUGAUGCCGCGGGACACUAUCAGCGGCCCGAGAUCCUAAACUUCAACUUUGAUGCACGGCCGUUGUGGGCAGAUGAGAAAAUCGACAAGUUUAGUUUGAAAGGCGCCAACACAAAGAUUACCAAGGAAGAAACGGAGGGGAAACCAGAGUGAGGGAGCAUCACGUGUAUCUCACGUGAUCCAUGCCACACUGAGAUCCUGGAAAGUUUUUUCUCUUUCACUACAUCAAUAACGAAACAAUGAAACGCAUUCUCGGCUUCUGCAUCAGAUUUCUGCAGGCAAGCGCAAUUCUUCUCGAAAUCGCGAUGAUAUCCGAAAUUUGAACACGACGCACACCAUACGGGCUCACAGAUCAUCCUUCUAUGCAUCAAAGCAUGACUUCUCCACUCUCCUAAACCCUUUCUAGUUAUCGAGCAGCGCCUAAGCGUGAUGCAAUCGCAAUGCAAGAUUGUCAUUCUGUGGAACGAAUCUCCGCAUCCCUUGCUUCCAGGCAGCAAC